GCAUCCUCGGGCAUCUUUGCAAAUGGAAAUUUGCACUGGGUUGCACGCCAAAGACAUGAUCUGGUUAUUACUUCUUAUUUUUAUUAUGUCUUUUGACCUGGGGCUCGAAAAUUGCAGAAAAGUGGAACAACCAGAAUACGGUGACAUCCACUUCGACAUGACCUUGGGGCUCAUAGGUGGAUCCCUGUGUAUCAUUUGCACGUAUCGAGAACGUGGUGCUGAUAUUUGGAUGAUGAGUGAUAAUAUUCAAUGGUGCAAGAUUAUUUCACUUACUGAGCUAAGACCAAUUCAUCACUAUGAUUUGAUUAAACCACUGAUAUACUCGAGGAAUGGAAGUGAAAUUCUUUUGGAAUUAGAUAAUGAGAGGUUCAUCUGGUAUAACCUUCAAAAGAAAUUAGUUAGGGAGGUAAAUAUACGUCAAUUACCAACAGAACUGUUUGGAACAGAAGUCUUUUGUGGAAGUUUACUAGAUCCAGAAUACAUUGGUGCCAAGAUGAUCUUAGCAGCCCUUCCUGUGAAGGUGCAGUGUUAUAUCUUUUCUCAGCUUCCUGUUAAGACCCUUGGGCAGGCUCAAUGUGUUUGCAAGACAUGGUACAAUUUCAUCAAUGGACCAGAGUUUUAUAAGAUGCAUCUUGAAGUUCUGAAGAAGUGUGACGACAGUGGCUUGUUGCUCAUUCUUAAAGGGGAAAGGUUUUUAUCAGUGAAGGCUCAGCUGCUUGAUAAAGCCAUUGAGAUCAAUCACCCACUUUUAAGUAAUAAAGAAUAUACUGAUAUUGUGGGCAGCUGUAAUGGCUUGAUCUGUUUGUGUAACAACCAGAACCAGAACUUUGCUCUGUGGAACCCAUGCACUGGCAAACAUGAAAAAGUACCUCACCCUGAUUUUCAUGUCAAGAAUUUCUUAACUCAUGGAUUUGGCUAUGAUUCUACUACUGAUGACUACAAGGUAGUGUCUAUUUUGCAACAGCACAACCGGCUCAAAGGUGGAACAGUUGAUACUGAAGUUGAAGUUUACAGUAUGAAAACGAGAAGCAGGAAACUGAUACAGCAAUUUUCUUACUUGGUUUGCAAUCCAUGCAAUGGGAUAUUUGCAAAUGGUGCUUUGCAUUGGGUGGCACGUCAAAGCCCCAAUUUGUACAGUGGCUCAGAUCUGGUCAUAGCUUUUGAUCUUGGAGUGGAGAAAUGCAGGGUUGUUAAACAGCCAAAUUAUGUUGACACAAAUUUCCACAUGAGUCUUGGUCUACUAGGAGGUAAUCUUUGUAUUCUGUGCCAUUACCCUAAAGAAAGCUUUGAUUUGUGGGUGAUGGCUGACUAUCAGACAGAGUCAUGGACAAAACUGGUGUCCAUCUCGCAACCCAAUGUAAUCAGAUGUUUUGAGUACAUGAAGCCAUUAGCAUAUUCAAAGGAUGGUUCUGAAGUCCUUUUUGAGCAAGAUAAUGAAAAGCUGUUCUGGUAUAACUUGAGGAAGAAGACAGUUGAGUAUGUAAAUAUAACUGGAGUGCCAAAGUCAUUUGAUAGUGUAAUGUGUUCAAGUAGUCUUGUUCCGUUUGGCAAUGGUACGAGGAAGUACGAGGUUAUCCAUGGGGAACCAACCAUGCACCCUAAGCCUAAGUAGGAAGGAAGAAGGAAAGAUACAAGAGUGCUGAAAUAUGGCAUUGGCUGGUGCUGCUGACUGCAGAAAUAUGGCUGGUGCUGCUGACUGCAGAAAUAUGGCUGGUGCUGCUGACUGCAGAAAUAUGGUAGAAAUAAAUGGGGAUUUACACACACCAUGGUCUGUGUAGUGUACUGUGUAAACUCUUUUAUAUACUUUUUGCUCGGUUUCAAUCUGCUAAUGAUUUGGUUGUAAUGUUGAAUUUAUUGAACUACGUAAAACGUUUAAGUACUAAGGCAGUAAGGCAUACUGAUCCGUGCUGAUGAACAUCAUA